CAUACGUGGCGCUGUGGUAGCAACAUGUCGCUGUGAAGUGGCAGAGUUAAGAAUCGGCAUAUGUCAUUUUUAAUAAGUUCACAGCGUAAUUUGAUAAAAUGAGGUGGCUUAUUUCUUGUUUAUCCCUAAUUGUUUUAAGCAAAAGUGCAACCUGUUAUUUCAUAACUGUGGAUGCACAUGCUGAAGAAUGCUUUUUCGACAGAGUUGAAGCGGGAACGAAAAUGGGUCUUACGUUUGAGAUAGCGGAAGGUGGAUUUUUAGAUAUAGAUGUAAAAAUAAUUGGUCCUGAUCAGAAGGAAAUAUAUAAAGGUGAACAAGAAAGCAGUGGAAAAUAUACAUUUGCUGCGCAUUUGUCUGGUGUUUAUACGUAUUGCUUUGGUAAUCAGAAAAGCAGUAUGACACCAAAAGUUGUAAUGUUUAAUAUGAAUAUUGGUGAGACUCUAAAACCUGUAGAACAUACUUCAGAUGGAAAGAAUGCCGAUGAUACAAAUCAUAGUAAAAUAGAUGAUAUGAUUAAAGAAUUAAGCACAAGUUUAUGGGGAGUGAAAAAUGAGCAAGAAUAUAUGCAGGUACGAGAUCGAAACCAUAGAGCUAUCAACGAAAGUACCAAUUUCCUUGUAGGUAUGUGGGCCUUCUUUGAAGCUAUGGUUCUGGUUUGUAUGACAAUAGGGCAAGUUUUCUACUUAAAGCGAUUCUUUGAAGUCAGAAGAAUUAUCUAAUUUAAGGCACAUAAUAAGAAACUCAUAAACUCAUUGUACAUUUUUUAUGUGACUAAGUUAUAAUAAAAUUACGAAGUUCCAAUAUUUUGAA